CACACCCUUUUAUUGUAUUAUUUUAUAUUUUAUUUUGUGCAUAAAUUAUUCAUAAACGACAGCAAAAUGUCCGGUCGCGAUCGUAUUACUAUUUUUCCCUCUAGAGCAAAUUUUGUUCUAAUGAAACAGCGCAUUGUGGGCGCCCAAAAAGGCUUAAGUCUCCUGAAGCGGAAACGUGAUGCUCUCGAAAUUCAUUUAAGACAACUUGCGGCUGAAUUAAAAGUAAGUCGUCAAAAAUUGGAAGGUGUAAUGCAAGAUGCCAUAUUUUCAAUCGCAAAAGCCAAAUUUUUGUGCACAGAUUUCAAGCCGGCCUCUAUUAUAAAUCCCGAUAGGGCGGAUACCUAUUUACGCCUUAAAAAUACAAAAAUUGUGGGAAUGCAAGUACCUACAUUGGAAUUGAUGUUAAGACAAACAAAUGCCUUACAUUUUACUGGACUUUCAGGAGGAGGUCAGCAAGUACAAAUAGUACGUGAAAAAUUUCAAGAAGCUCUUAAAAUAUUGGUGACAGUGGCUUCUUUGGAAUAUUCCGUUAAUGCCAUACAAGAAGCUGUAAAACAAAAUAAUAUGCGUGUUAAUGGUUUAGAAUAUGUGGUUCUGCCUAGAUAUCAGAAUACUGUAACCUAUAUACGUGAUGAAUUGGAUGAAUUUGAAAGAGAAGACUUUUAUCGCUUAAAACGUUCCCAAGCCAAACAGUUAAAGAAAAAGUCUGACUUUAUAAAACUAAUGAGACUGCGAGAGAGGGAGAAAGAAAGUGUCAAAGAUCCGGGUUAUGAUUUCACCGAUACUCAUUUGAAAACACCCGCGUAUGAGGUAAUAGCCACCAAACCUGAAUCUAGUGUACAUGAACGCCGAAAAACUGUUGCUAAAAUUAUAGAUAAAACUACUAUUGUAGAAAUAGAGGAUCCCAAACCUCUCAAUUUGGAUGUGCAGUUCUCUAGGGCUGUUUUAAUUAAAGACAAAUAUGAUGAUGAUAUGGAUAUAAAACCUAAACUAGUAGUUUCCUCAUCAUCAUCUUCUGCUUCAUCUUCAUCAUCAGCCGAACGUGAUCAUUCAAAUUAAGUUGGGUGUUUAAACUUUAAAAUUGAAUGUAUCAAAUUUAUAAAAUGUUUUACGUAAUUAAAUUGUUUUCUGGAAAUGCUCUGUGUGUCCGUUUACAAGAAAAGUUUUGCUGAUAUAUAUAUAUUUUUUUGUUAUAAAUUUUAUACUUUUUGUUAUAAAUGCAAGCGGACUUCCGUGUGUUGUCAUAAUUGUGCGAAAACAUAUACAUACU